GGGAGACGGUGGAGAGCACACAAGCCUCUUAGGAGACGAGAGGUUCAGAGCCGUCGCUGCUGCCUGCUGAUCGGCGUCUGGAGUUUGACCCACCGCUCUCCAGCUUGGCUCUCUGCACGGCCAAGAUGCUGUCCUGCCGCCUCCAGUGCGCGCUGGCCGCGCUCUCCAUCAUCCUAGCCCUGGGCGGUGUCACCGGCGCGCCCUCGGACCCCAGACUCCGUCAGUUUCUGCAGAAGUCCCUGGCUGCUGCCGCAGGAAAGCAGGAACUGGCCAAGUACUUCUUGGCAGAGCUGCUGUCUGAGCCCAACCAGACGGAGAAUGAUGCCCUGGAACCUGAAGAUUUGUCCCAGGCUGCAGAACAGGAUGAGAUGAGGCUGGAGCUGCAGAGAUCUGCUAACUCAAACCCAGCCAUGGCACCCCGAGAACGCAAAGCUGGCUGCAAGAAUUUCUUCUGGAAGACGUUCACAUCCUGUUAGCUUUGUUAAUUAUUAUUGUCUACAUCAGACCUCUGACCCUUCUCCUUCAAACCCCAUCUUUCUUCCCUAAUCCCCCAAAUCCUCAGCAAGACCCCUGCAUUAGCAAUUGAAGACUGUAAAUAUAAAAUAAAAUUAUGGUGAAAUUAUGGAAAA